AGCACCAUGAGCCCCCCGACGCAUGACAAGCCCGAGAGGCCUCCAAUCGCGUCCCAGCCCAGCGCUCACCCCGCCCUCCACCCCGAUGUCACCAGCGUGCCCGUGACGCCCGGCGUGCACCAGUCUGGCAAGACGGCCUACUUUGACGAGUCGGCCAAGCAGGAGAAGACGGAGCUCCCCUUCGACCCCGAGACGGCCACGCCGGGCCCCUCGUGGAGCGCCAACUCAUAUUUCGCCAACCAGCAGAGGGCCGACGACGCGGGCCCGCGUGCAGAAAAGGCCGCCGGUGCGCACACUGGGGAGGAAGCCAAGGGCAAGCUGAGCGACGCUCCCGGUGCAGACUCCAAGCACAAUCUGGCAGACGUGGACCCGCGUGCUGCGCAUCCCGGGCUCAACCUCAGCGGCCGCGUUAUCAGUGCGACGUUUGCCAUACCAUACACCAUCGGCUACUCGCCAGGCAACGACUGGGAGCUGAGCCCGCGACGAGGAACCUCUGCCCUUUUCGACUCGCUCUCGUACCUGGCUUCGAGCUCGUCGCCCUGGAACCACACACUGGUGGGCUGGACGGGAGAAAUCACGCACGCACAGUCGGCCGCGGUCCAGACGGCCCAAGUGUCGUUGAACAAGGCCGCCGCGCCCAUUCCCGUUGACCCUAAGAAUCCAAACCAGGUGGCUCAGGUCCAAAACGGCUUUCGAAUCGGCGGCUCGGACCGCGCGCGGCUGGACAAGCAGCUCGAGCGUGACCAUGGCGGCAAGAUUGUGCCAGUGUGGCUGGUGGACGAAGUGGACGACGGCAAAGACGAAUACGUGCUCAAGAACCAAAGCCACUGGAGAACGUACGCCGAGCACGAGCUCUACACGCUGUUCCACUACAAGCAGAAUGAGCCCGCCGACGGACGUGCUGCGCGGAAAUCAUGGGCGGACUACUACCGCAUGAACAAGCUGUUUGCAGACCGGAUCCUCGAAAUCUACAAGCCUGGCGACAUUGUCAUGGUGCACGAUUUCUAUCUCAUGCUGCUGCCCAGCUUGCUCCGCCAACGCGUGCCAAACAUCUACAUUGGCUUCUUCCUCCACAUUCCCUUUCCCAGCAGCGAGUUCUACCGGUGCCUCAGCAGACGCAAGGAGAUUCUCGAGGGCGUGCUGGGCGCCAACAUGAUUGGGUUCCAGUCGUACAGCUACGCACGGCAUUUCUCUUCCUGCUGCACUAGGAUUCUAGGAUUUGACUCGUCGUCCGAGGGCGUUGAUGCCUACGGUGCUCACGUAGCUGUCGAUGUGUUUCCCAUUGGCAUCAACGCCGUCUCGACACAACGACAGGCGUUUGACGACCCGGAGAUUGACGAAAAGGUCAAGGGGAUCCGGGAAAUGUACGCGGGCAAGAAGCUCAUUGUUGGCCGCGAUAGGCUCGAUGCGGUUCGCGGAGUCGUGCAGAAGCUGCAGGCGUUCCAGUUGUUCCUGGAGAGGUACCCAGAGUGGCAGGGCAAGGUUGUUCUCAUCCAGGUGACCAGUCCCAGUGGCCUCCACACGGACAGGAGCGACGGGGCGCAAGAAAAGGUGGUCAACAAGAUUUCGGACCUGGCUGCCAAGAUCAACGGCACGUAUGGAACGCUCGACUUCACACCUGUGCGCCACUUUCCGCAGUAUCUCUCGCGCGAGGAAUACUUUGCUCUCCUGCGGAUUGCCGACAUUGGGCUGAUUACUAGCGUGCGUGACGGUAUGAAUACGACGAGCAUGGAAUACAUUGUGUGCCAAAAGGACAAUCACGGGCCGCUGAUUCUGUCCGAGUUCUCUGGUACGUCGAGCUCGCUCGGCAGCGCCAGCCACAUCAACCCGUGGGACAUGGGCGGAGUAGCCGAAGUCAUCAACAAAGCACUCAAGCAAGACGAAGCGGAACGCGCACGGAUCCAUCAAGAGCUGUACAGGCACGUGGUAGAGAACAAUGUGCAGGCGUGGACCAACAACUACCUCAAGAGGUUGAUGACGAACCUGUCGUCGUUUGACCAGACGUUUGCCACGCCGGCACUGGACCGGGCUAAGCUCCUGUUCCAGUACCGACAGGCCAAGAAGCGACUAUUCAUGUUCGACUACGACGGGACGCUGACGCCCAUUGUCAAGGACCCGCAAGCAGCGAUUCCCUCUGACCGGGUCAUCCGGACGCUGAAGAGCCUAUCCGCAGAGCCUACGAAUGCUGUGUGGAUCAUCAGCGGGCGCGACCAGGCCUUCUUGGACGAGUGGAUGGGCCACAUUCCCGAGCUUGGGCUGAGUGCUGAGCACGGCAGCUUCAUGCGGCCUCCACGCAGCCAGGACUGGGAGAAUCUGGCCGAGACGACGGACAUGAGCUGGCAAGGCGAAGUGGUGGACAUUUUCCAGCACUACACGGAGAGAACGCAGGGGUCGUUUAUUGAGCGCAAAAAGAUUGCCCUCACUUGGCACUACCGCCGGGCCGACCCCGAGUACGGAGCGUUCCAGGCGCGCGAAUGCCAAAAGCAUCUGGAGAGGACGGUGGGCAAGAAGUAUGACGUCGAGGUGAUGACGGGCAAGGCCAACCUCGAGGUGCGCCCUCGGUUUGUCAACAAGGGCGAGAUUGCCAAGCGGCUGGUGGAGGAGUAUGGCGAGGGGCCUGGCAAUGCGCCCGAGUUUGUGCUGUGCAUGGGCGACGAUUUCACAGACGAAGACAUGUUCCGGUCGCUGCGGCAGUCGAAGCUGCCGACGGACCACGUGUUUUCGGUGACGGUGGGGGCGAGUUCGAAGCAGACGCUGGCGAGCUGGCAUCUGGUGGAGCCGUCUGACGUGAUUUCGGUCAUCUCGCUGCUCAACGGGUCGGCAGACGCAGGCAAUGUUGGGGCGAUUGCCAUUGUGGAUGGAGCGGUGCCGGAGUCGCGCGUGGUGCCAUAGAGGAGCAUUAGCAUAAAGGGGGUGGUUGGCGGGUUGCAUUUUGUGGGCAAGCACGGAGCGUGGGCAGGCAGAGUGGGGGGGGAGAGAGAGAGAGAGAGAGAGAGAGAGAG